CUGUCAUCACCGUAGUGUGACUGUCUGAGCUCUUAGAUUCUUGAUCGUGAAAUAGAACGACGUUAGGCUGCUUCUUCUUCCUCCUCCUCGUCCUCCUCCGCCUCACUUUGUCGGAGUUCGUCGGAAUUGUUGUUUACCUCCUCUUCGGCUGAGCUGAGACCUAAUUCAGCUCUGUCACCCUUGGACGUUUGCCGGCAAAGAAGAGUUUGAGGUCAGGCGAAGGCGAAGGCGAAGAAAGGUAUUGAAGUUAGUUAUGGGGUCUUAGUUACGCCUCUUCCUCCUCUGACGCGCAUAGCGUAUUGGUCAGGUCGCGCCAUUCGUCCAGAAGAAGCAAGUUUUGGAUGUUGUAAGUGUGUAACAUGCUUCUCUUCCUCGAUUCUGGAGUUAGUUGAGCUAGGAUUCGACUUGAGGUCUCGCCUUCGUUGCUUGGUCGAUUGAACAAGAAGUGACUCAGACAUAGGUGGUGUUUUGGUGAGGCUUUUUUUGCCGUGGAGACUUGUUCCUUUUCCGGUUCAUGUAUGGAUGGGAGAGAUGCUAUGGAAUUGUCUGGCGCGGCCUCCUACUACAUAGCUCAUAGAGGAAUCCAUGGCUCUAGCGUUGGCUCACAGCCUGGAUUGCAUUUGACAGCACAACCCGGGGCCCGGUCCAUACCGAACCUCGGCACCAGACUAGCGGUGCCUCCCUCCGGCGUUGACUCGGUGGCGUUUCAGGUGGAGUCUCCGCUUGCGGCUUCGUCCCAUGGUGGCGGUAGACUUGGCAAAGGUGUGAGCCAGGUGGAGCCGGUGAAGAGGAAGAGAGGACGCCCUAGAAAGUAUGGGCAGGAAGGGAGUGUAGCUUUGGCACUCUCGCCUAUUUCCACCUCCGCUCCCACUAGCUCUGUGAUCGGGUCUGUAUCAGCCUCGGGUUCUGGAGUUCCUACGCAGAAGCGAGGGAGAGGGCGGCCGCCAGGCACCGGGAGGAAGCAAGUUUUAGCAUCUCUUGGUGACUGGGUCGCUGGCUCAGCAGGCAUGGGCUUUACUCCACAUGUCAUUACCAUUGCAGUUGGAGAAGACAUUGCCACAAAGAUAAUGUCAUUUUCACAGCAGGGACCAAGGGUUGUCUGUAUACUUUCGGCAAAUGGUGUUGUGUCCACUGUGACCCUUAGACAAUCUACAUCUUCUGGCGGCACAGUGACGUAUGAGGGUCGUUUUCAAAUACUUUGUUUAUCCGGUUUAUACAUGAGGACUGACAAUGGCGGAUCACGGAGCAGAACUGGGGGACUGAGCGUCUGUCUUUCUAGUCCUGAUGGUCAGAUAAUUGGCGGUGGUGUAGCAGGAGUUCUUAUAGCCGCCACUCCCGUACAGGUAAUUGUAGGAAGCUUCAUUUACACACGAUCGAAAACAAAGAACAAAGCAAAGGCUAGCAGAAAUGAAACAAAUCCCGAAGCUGAGCGACCUGCACCAUAUGCUGCUCUUCCCAAUCCAAACCUUACCCCUUCUCCAAUCAUUGGGGCGUGGCCCAGAUCGAGGCACUUAGACAUGAGGAAUGCUCACAUUGAUAUCGACUUGAUGCAGGGGUGAUUAUAUUACGGUGAUCGGUGUGUUGAAAUGGUGUUCAUAUUGUUUACCAAGCAAAUGACUUGGUGUUCAUUAGUUAGAUGUAAGCUCUACUGAGAACUUACCUUAACAUGGCUUCAGUUCCCAGGAUCGCAAAUAUGAUACUAGAAAAAGGUUGUUUUUAGCUCAAGUCAUGUACUUAUGAGGGGCUUGUCAUAUAUCUCUGCUUCAGUUGACAUGAUGUUGCCUUUCAUUAUAAUAUUUCCGAAUAACUUUCCAUA